AUGGCCAUGAGCCACAGGAGCCACGAGUGUGCCGCGCUCGAGCCAGACGCCUGCCCCGGAGCAGGCUCUUCCGUCGCAAUCGGGAUCGGAGUGCUCCGACCGUCUCUCCCGAGGCCUCCUCUCGCGCCUCCUGUCUGCUUCGUUGGCGAUGCAGAUGCCAAGGACAAGACUCUCGAUGACGUCGCAUUCGUGGAAGAACCGAAUACCACCCCGGGGUAUCGCCAACGGUGGUUUUUCUAUUUUUGCUUAUAUUGGCUAUCGGCACAUCGGUUCCCUGUUUUCUUUGGCAGUCGUUAUCGAAAACCUGUGGAGGUGGCGACUCCGCCUACAAUGUUGGGCCAUGAUCACCGUAAUGGGUGUCAGGGGGUGGAGGACUUCCAAGUUCCGCUCGCCAUCCGCUCGCCAACGGGCACCAUCGCCUAG